GGCCGGCAAGCGCCAGGUCAUGAUCCGCCCUUCCUCGAAGGUCAUCGUCAAGUUCCUGCAGGUCAUGCAGCGCCAUGGUACGGCAACCCAUUCUACCCUUUCUCUAGGUGGCCCGAGUCUUGGAAGGUCCUCGCACUCCCUCCUUCGGCAUGAUAACUAGGCGACGGUCUAUGUCUGCCCUACGGCCCCAGCCCUUUAAGUUGCCGAUAAAUCAAACACCAAUGCGAGGAUCUUACACGUUUUCGGAGGCUCCCAAUGACGUCCAAUGUUUACUCCUAUCGCAACACAAGCAAGGGCUGACUGUAGUUUUGGCAGGCUACAUUGGCGAGUUUGAGGAGGUCGACAACCACCGCAGCGGCAAGAUUGUUGUCCAGCUCAACGGCCGGUACGUACAUGGAGGUUUGCAGUCAUGUGUAUGCUGUCGCGCUGACGAGUGUCGUUCAGGCUGAACAAGUGCGGUGUUAUCUCCCCCCGCUACAACGUCCGCCUCUCCGAGCUCGAGAAGUGGGUUGUCAAGCUCCUCCCUGCCCGUCAGUUCGGCUACGUCAUCCUCAC